AUGGGCGAUGCCCAAGAAGAUCCACUGACGCUUGCGUUCGAUAUUCUACGUCGUCUUCCCCCCUCUAAAAUCACGUCGAAUGUGGAAAAACUGGUAAAUGUUCUUCCGGAGCAUGCAGACGAUCUUGCAUCCGGAGUCGAUCAGCCUCUUGUGUUACGCAUUGACGAUUCUCCCCAGGGCGCAAGCCGUGAAUACUUGUGUUGUGAUUACAAUCGAGACGGAAACAGCUGGCGUAGCUGGAUCACAAAUACGUGGAAUCCUCCCAUUGAGGACAGCGAGGAAGAAGAUACGCCAUUAGUACCGACAGGAAAGCUUCGCGAGCUAGAACUACAGGCGAACGAUGCGUUUGAGACGUACCGAAAAUUGUAUUAUGAGACAGGAUAUUCAAGCGUGUAUCUUUGGGAUCUCAAUACCAGUGAUUCUAGUGUACUGCCAGCCAAUUUUGCAGGCGUUGUCUUGUUUAAGAAAGAUCUCGAUACACCAUCCGACCCCAAUGCCAAAGGCACGUUUGGAACGUGGGACUCGAUUCAUGUAUUGGAAGUGUCGAGCAUUACGGGUAUUGGCGCGGAGAGUAAUCAGCUCAAGAGUGCUAAAUACAAGGUUUCCAGCACCGUCAUGCUUACGCUAAACCGACACGACGGAGUCGCAACCGAGAAAGGGGACGUCGAUUUGAGUGGAAGCCUUUCACGACAGACCGUUGAGAGCAUGAAAGUCACCGAUAUGCCCGGCCAUAUUAUCAAUCUUGGCAAGCUUAUUGAGGAUAUCGAAAGCAAGAUUCGCAACCAAGUUCAAGAGAUAUAUUUUGGUAAAAUGCAUGAUGUUGUUGAUCACCUGCGCAGUUUGGAAGACCUGGAAGCCAGCCGCAAUGCUAAAAGGCUGCAGGAAGAGCUGGUCGCGGGGUGGGAGCGCUGA